GCCGCGCCCCGCCCCCUUCCUCGCCACCUCUCUCUCUCUCUCUCUCUCUGUCCUGAGGCAGGGCCUCCUUGGCUUCCCUUCAGCCGCCGCCUCCGUCGCCGGUUUUUCUGCUAUACUGACAGUAUUGCUAUAAGGAAGUAUUUUUGAUUGGUAACAAUGUAACAGAGUGCAACCCGCAUGAGGGAACCCAUUUUUGCACCACAUGAUCCCUAAUGCUAAUGAGCUAUCUAGCAGGGACCAAGUAUUUUCCAGGAUUAUAUAAAAUGCUUGCACCUGAACAUGUGCUAUAUCUUAAUGGGAUAUUUUAAAUACUUCAAGACAUUAUUUGCCCAAAAGCCCUAAAGGAUGUCAACAUGGCUUAGUUAAGUUUCUGACCACUACAAAUUAUCUGUUGCUGUAUGCUGACAAGAGGCAACUAACUCCAUUUGGAGUAGUGUCAAAUUAGCACAGAUAUAUCAAGAUGACAGAUCCUAUGAUGGACUUUUUUGAUGAUGCCAACCUAUUUAGUGAUACUUUAGAAGGUUUGUCAGAUGAUGCCUUUGUACAAACUGGACCCGUUUCACUUGUUGAUGAAUUGAACCUGGGUGCAGAAUUCGAGCCUUUGCACAUUGAUUCAUUAAACCAUAUUCAGGAAACGCAAACACAGCAAAAGAUGAAUGAAUUUGAACAACUAAAUCAGUAUGAUUCACUAAAACUACAAGUGAAUCAGACCUUCAACAGUCCAGCUGAAAAUGUUCUAUCACCUCAUUCUGAGUUUAAUUGUUCACCCAUUCAUUCUCAAAGCCAAACCAAUGGAUUGUUUCCCGAUGUGGAGGAUGGGAGCCCAAUGUGGGGACACCAAACGUCUAGCAGUGCUUCUAAUCAGAAUGGGUCCCCUUUUCAUCAAGGACAUUCACAGUCUAUGCAGCAAAACAAAAGCUUUGUAGCACAUCCCGAUUUUGCCUUAUAUCAGGCCAGCGAACAGCACCAUCCGUGUGCCUCACUGCAGUCACAGCAAAACAGAAAUGGCAUUAAUACGGGAGAUGACACUCAGAAUCAAACAGAAAACUUUAUGGAAAUUAAUGUGUCUGUUUCACAUAGAACCAGCAUCCCCCAUCCACCUCAAGCUGCCAGUCUGUCAAACUCACAACAGUCUAGCUCUGUUCAGUCAUUUUCUCAGACUGUGAAUGACUCUUCCCAAUUCUGUGGGAACCAAGAAGGAAGCUUUGAUGGACACUCUCCAACCAUAACACCAUGCUCUGUUGUUAAUACACAGUUUUCUCCACCUUUUUCUUACUCUGGUAACAGCAUCUCUCCUACCAGUCUUCUACAGUCUUCUACAGCUCUUUCUGCUAGUCAGAAAACACGUCCUCUUGCUGAUUUUCCUGGGAAUGAUGCCUUUGCACCUCAAAGAGGGACCAAGCAAGGAAAUACAGAUAGUGUCCUUAACUCAAGUACAUCACUGAAUUCAAAUAAUUACCAGGUGUUGCAUUCAGCACAUUCUCAGGGCAACUUCAGUAGUUCAAAACUAUCUGUUGCAAACAUUAACUUUUCUACCACUUCUGGUGCUGGUCCUCAGCUGAGGCAUUUUAAUGAUCCUGUAGAAGGCAAUGGCUUUUCAUCUUUAGAUGAGAGAUUGCUUCAACAAGUUGAGUCUCAAGCUGAAUCAUUUACGGAACUUGACCCAGAAGCUCUCCUUCAGGAAGAACUUCUUCCUCCGUUUGAUGCAUCUACAUUUGUUCAGGACAGCUCCGGUAAUGAGAGGAAACAUCCCCUGGAACAUCAUGUUGUCCCACGUGUAACACCGCCCUCCCACUCCACUCGGAACAAGUCUCAAAAUCGCAAGCAUCCUUCGUAUUCUCCUGGUUCUAAUCAACAUCUUCACGAACGAAAGCGUGUAAAUGCUCAAGGCCAGCCUCCUUCCACCAAGAAAACAGAUGGCUCUGGGACAUAUACUAAGUUACAGAAUACCCAGGUGAAAGCUGUGUCUGAGAAGAAACAGAAAAAAAAAGUGGAAUCUGAAAGCAAGCAGGAGAAAGCCAAUCGCAUAAUAUCCGAGGCAAUAGCAAAAGCAAAAGAGAGAGGGGAGAGAAACAUUCCACGAGUAAUGAGUCCGGAAAACUUCCCAAGUGUGUCAGCAGAAGGAAGAGAAGAAAAGAAGGGCAGAAAAGUUAAAUCCAAACCAAAAGACAAAGAAAGCAAAAAGCCCAAAACUAGCUCAUCUUCCAAAACUAAAGAACGAGCAAAAAUUGGCAAGCUUAUAAUUACUCUGGGUAAAAAGCAAAAGAGAAAAAACGAGUCUUCAGAUGAAAUGUCUGAAGUUAAGCAGCCUACUCAGCAGUCAUUCAAAGAUGAGACCUCUCAGAAAAGAAGAUCCAAUCGACAAAUUAAAAGGAAGAAGUAUGCAGAAGAAGGUGAAGGAAAACAAUUUGAAGAAGAAGCCAAAGCAUCUGCAAAAUUUAAAAAGAGUUCUGCUCCUUUGCCUGCUGAACAGCCUUUACAGUUAUUUGUGGAGAAUCCAAGUGAAGAAGAUGCAGCCAUUGUAGAUAAAAUUUUAUCUUCCAGAAUUGUAAAGAAAGAAAUUUCUGGGGGAGUGACAGUGGAAGCAGAGGAAUUUUUUGUUAAAUACAAAAACUACUCCUACCUCCACUGUGAAUGGGCUACAGAACAACAGCUUCUAAAGGAUAAAAGAAUCCAGCAGAAAAUCAAACGUUUCAAGCUGAGACAAGCACAGAGAGCCCAUUUUUUUGCAGAUAUGGAGGAAGAACCAUUCAAUCCUGAUUAUAUUGAAGUAGAUCGGGUGUUAGAAGUCUCCUUUUGUGAAGAUAAGGACACUGGAGAGCCUGUUACUUACUACUUGGUAAAGUGGUGCUCACUGCCAUAUGAAGACAGCACUUGGGAGCUAAAAGAAGAUGUAGAUCAAGGAAAAAUAGAAGAGUUUGAACAACUGCAAGCUUUAAGGCCCGAUUCAAGGCGAUUGGAACGACCGCCCCAUAAUUCAUGGAAGAAGAUAGAACAAUCCAGGGAGUAUAAAAAUGGCAAUCAACUCAGGGAAUACCAGCUGGAAGGGCUCAACUGGCUCCUCUUCAAUUGGUAUAAUAGGCAAAACUGCAUUUUAGCAGAUGAAAUGGGUCUUGGCAAAACCAUCCAAUCAAUAACAUUCCUCUAUGAAAUUCUUCUGACUGGUAUAAGAGGGCCCUUCCUGAUCAUAGCUCCACUUUCCACCAUAGCCAACUGGGAAAGAGAGUUCCGCACAUGGACUGAUCUUAAUGUUGUAGUAUAUCAUGGGAGCAUGAUUAGUAGGCAGAUGAUACAGCAAUAUGAGAUGUAUUUCAGGGACUCACAGGGCCGAAUCAUUAGAGGUACAUACAAGUUCAAGGCUAUAAUUACCACUUUUGAAAUGAUUCUUGGUGGCUGUCCAGAACUCAAUGCAAUUGAAUGGCGGUGUAUUAUUAUUGAUGAAGCACAUCGAUUGAAGAACAAAAACUGCAAACUUUUAGAGGGCCUGAAGCUUAUGAACCUUGAGCACAAAGUACUGUUGACAGGCACACCAUUGCAAAAUACAGUUGAAGAACUUUUCAGCCUCCUUCACUUCCUUGAACCAUUACGUUUCCCGGCAGAAUCUACAUUCAUGCAGGAAUUUGGAGACCUUAAAACAGAGGAGCAGGUGCAAAAGCUGCAAGCUAUCCUGAAACCAAUGAUGCUGAGAAGACUAAAAGAAGAUGUAGAGAAGAAGUUGGCUCCAAAAGAAGAAACUAUCAUUGAAGUGGAGUUAACAAACAUCCAGAAAAAAUAUUAUCGAGCUAUUUUAGAGAAAAACUUUGCAUUUUUGUCAAAAGGAGCAGGGCAAGCCAAUGUACCCAAUUUAGUUAACACUAUGAUGGAACUCAGGAAAUGUUGCAAUCAUCCAUAUCUUAUCAAAGGUGCUGAGGAAAAAAUCUUAGGAGAGUUUAGGGAGACCUACAGUCAAUCUGCUCCUGAUUUUCAUCUGCAAGCAAUGAUCCAGUCUGCUGGGAAACUGGUCCUCAUUGAUAAACUUCUUCCAAAAAUGAAAGCAGGAGGCCAUAAGGUGCUUAUAUUCUCCCAGAUGGUUCGUUGUCUUGAUAUCCUUGAAGAUUAUCUUAUACAUAAAAGGUACCUUUAUGAGCGCAUUGAUGGAAGAGUACGAGGAAACCUGAGGCAGGCUGCUAUUGACCGAUUUAGCAAGCCAGACUCUGAUCGGUUUGUUUUCCUUCUCUGUACCAGAGCUGGUGGAUUGGGCAUUAAUUUGACUGCAGCUGAUACUUGUAUAAUUUUUGAUUCUGACUGGAAUCCUCAGAAUGAUUUGCAGGCCCAAGCUCGAUGCCAUAGGAUUGGUCAAAACAAAGCAGUAAAAGUCUACAGAUUGAUUACUCGGAACUCUUACGAAAGAGAAAUGUUUGACAGAGCAAGUUUGAAGCUUGGCUUGGAUAAGGCUGUCUUACAGAGCAUGAGUGGAAGAGAAAAUAGUGUUGGUGGAAUCCAGCAACUUUCCAAAAAGGAAAUAGAGGAUUUGCUUCGGAGAGGUGCAUAUGGUGCCAUAAUGGAUGAAGAGGAUGAGGGCUCUAAAUUCUGUGAAGAGGAUAUUGAUCAGAUUUUACAACGUCGCACAAAAACUAUCACAAUUGAAUCUGAGGGAAGGGGUUCCACAUUUGCUAAGGCUAGUUUUGUUGCAUCUGGAAACAGGACAGACAUUUCUUUAGAUGACCCCAACUUCUGGCAGAAAUGGGCCAAAAAAGCAGAAAUAGACAUUGAUGCCAUCAGUGGUAGAAACAGCCUGGUUAUUGACACUCCCAGAAUUAGAAAACAGACAAGACCGUUUAGUGCCACAAAGGAUGAACUUGCUGAGUUAUCUGACAUUGAAAGUGAAGGGGAUGAAAAACCAAAACUUCGGAGGCCUUGUGACCGUUCCAAUGGAUAUGGGAGAACAGAAUGCUUUAGAGUGGAGAAAAACCUACUGGUUUAUGGGUGGGGUCGUUGGAGAGAGAUUUUGUCGCACGGACGCUUCAAGAGACAACUGAAUGAGCAAGAUGUGGAAAUCAUUUGCCGCGCACUCCUAGCAUAUUGCCUCGUUCACUACAGAGGAGAUGAAAAAAUUAAAAGUUUUAUUUGGGACCUCAUUACACCAACUGAGGAUGGACAAACACGAGAGCUACAGAAUCACCUAGGCUUGUCAGCUCCUGUCCCCCGUGGUCGAAAAGGAAAGAAAGUUAAGACUCAGGCCAGCACUUUUGACAUACAUAAAGCAGAAUGGCUUCGAAAAUACAAUCCAGAGCAUUUGUUGCAAGAUGAUGGCUAUAAAAAACACAUAAAACACCACUGCAAUAAAGUCUUACUUCGAGUUAGAAUGCUGUAUUACCUGAAACAAGAAGUCAUUGGUAGUGAGUGCCAGAAGGUUUUUGAAGGAGUUGAUGCCAGUGAAAUUGAUAUUUGGGUCCCUGAGCCAGACCAUUCUGAAGUGCCAGCAGAGUGGUGGGAUACAGAAGCAGACAAGUCUCUACUAAUUGGAGUUUUUAAACAUGGUUAUGAAAAGUACAACACAAUCAGAGCAGAUGCAGCUCUCUGCUUUUUGGAAAGAGUAGGAAAACCUGAUGAUAAAGCAGUUGCUGCUGAACAAAGAGCAAAUGAUUACAUUGAUGGUGAUGUAGAAGACCCUGAGUACAAACCAGCUCCAGCAUUGUUUAAAGAUGAUACAGAGGAUGAUGUGUCAUCACCAGGAGAUCUUGUAAUAGCAGAUGGAGAUGGUCAGAUGAUAGAAGGGGACAAGCUUUACUGGCCAACUCAGUCUGCCUUGACAACACGCUUGCGUCGCUUAAUAACUGCAUAUCAGCGUACUAGUAAGAACAGGCAAAUCCAGCAGAUCCAACCAGCAUUUCCAGUUCAACCCUGUGUAAUGCAGACUCCAUGUGAAGAUUCUGCUUUGAAUCCAAAAAUUGUUGCCAAAAUUGAAAGACAACAAAGGUGGACAAGAAGAGAAGAAGCUGAUUUCUACAGAGUUGUUUCAACUUUUGGUGUAGUGUUUGAUCCUGACAGAGCCCAGUUUGACUGGACAAAGUUUAGAGCCAUGGCUAGGCUGCAUAAGAAAACAGAUGAGAGUUUAGAGAAGUACCUAUAUGCAUUUAUGGCCAUGUGCAGGAGAGUUUGUCGCCUACCUUCAAAAGAUGAACUUGUGGAUCCAAAUAUUUUUAUUCAACCAAUAACUGAAGAGCGUGCAUCUCGAACUUUGUAUCGUAUUGAACUUCUCAGGAAGGUACGAGAACAAGCUGUACGUCAUCCGCAGGUAUUUGAGCGAUUAAAACUUUGUCAGCCAAAUCCAGACUUGCCUGUUUGGUGGGAAUGUGGGACUCAUGACUGGGAUUUACUCAUCGGAGCUGCAAAACAUGGGGUUAGCAGGACUGACUACCACAUCCUUCGUGAUCCUGAACUUUCAUUUAUGUCAGCCCAGAGGAACUACAGUCACAAUAAAGUAGCACUUUCAAGGACUCCAACCCCACUUCUGCAUCAGUAUCAAAUGGCACUGUCUGCAUCUCCUCUUGCCCCUCAGGCAAGGCUGCUAGAUGUUAAAGGGAGUACACUUGAGGAAACAAAAGCUAAGAAUGAAAACCAUAAAGAAGAAACCCAUUCUUCAGGAGAGGAGUCUAUGUCUACUGAUGAUAUGCGAACAGGAGUAAAGACUGAACCUUUGAGCCCAAAGAAUAGCACAACAGUACAUGCUGUAGACCAUAAAUCUGCUGUGAAGGCAGAUAAUGACAGACGCAUGGUUGCAGCAAGAACAGAGCCUUUAACUCCAAAUGCUGCUUCCAAAAAACAGAGACCCAGCAAGAGAGGAUCAGAAUCCAGCUCCGAUUCAGACUCUGAUUCAGACAGAUCAUCUUGUUCUUCCAGGUCAUCAUCCUCUUCCUCUUCUUCUUCAUCCUCUUGUUCACGUUCCAGAUCAGGCUCCAGUUCUUCAUCCUCUUCGUCUUGUUCUUCAGCAUCAUCCUCAUCCUCGUCCUCCUCUUCAUCGUCGUCGUCAUCAUCAUCUUCGUCAUCAGAAGAGAGUGACAGUGAGGAGGAGGAGGCACAAAAGAGGCCAGAAGGAACUCCUCACUUGAAAGCAUAUGAUGAAGAGAGUGUAGCUUCCAUAAGCACUGUACAGGAUGAAACGCAGGACAGUUUCCAAAUGAAUAAUGGAACGCCAAAUUCUAACUGUAUCUUACAUGGUGGAUACAUGUUGGCUGCUUCCUACUGGCCCAAGGAUCGGAUUAUGAUUAACCGUCUGGAUAGUAUUUGUCAAACAGUCUUGAAAGGUAAAUGGCCUUCUGCAAGGAGAGGUUACGACGGCAAUACUGUAGCUUCCUUCUAUACCACCAAACUUCUAGACAGUCCCGGUGCCGCUGUGGACUACAGUGAACCUAGUCUACCAACUCCCCCAAAUGCAGAUGGGAAAGAAGAAAAUGAUCAGUCAUCACAGUUGUCAAAGGUGAAGACGCAUGUACGGGAAAAGGAGUUUACAGUGAAAAUCAAUGACGAAGGUGGUUUGAAAUUAAUUUUUCAGAAGCAAGGACUUCCUCAGAAAAGGCCAUUUGAAAGUGAAGAUGGCACAUUAGGACAGCAGCAGUACCUUGCCAGGCUACAUGAACUUCAGAGUGCUUCGGAAACCAGCCUUGUCAAUUUUCCAAAGUCUUUGCCGGAGUCAAGAACUGCAAGCCAAUCAACUGCUAGUGCAAACGGUGUAAUAACUGAUGACCAACCUGUAUUGAAAAAGAGGAGAGGAAGGAGAAGGAAUAUAGAAGGAGCUGAUGUCCUCUUUAUAAACAAAAUCAAAGCACCUAACCAUGUUUGUCAUGGCAUUAAUGCCCCCCAGAUUACUCCAGGAAUAAACCCAGUACUUCCUUAUGUACAAUCCCAAGGCCUUUGUGAUGCAGAAAGCCCAGUUCCAGUUAUUAACUUGAAAGAUGGAACAAGGCUUGCGGGUGAUGAUGCCCCCAAGAGAAAAGAUUUGGAGAAAUGGCUUAAUGAACAUCCCGGCUAUGUUGAAGACUUAGGAGCUUUCAUUCCAAAAAUGCAGCUUCAUGAGGGGAGACCCAAACAAAAAAGGCACCGUUGUCGCAAUCCUAAUAAGUUGGAUGUUAAUAGCCUUACUGGGGAAGAACGUGUUCAGCUGAUCAAUAGAAGGAAUGCUAGAAAGGUAGGAGGUGCUUUUGCUCCCCCAUUGAAAGAUUUGUGUCGAUUCCUCAAGGAGAAUUCUGAAUAUGGAGUAGCUCCUGAAUGGGGUGAUGUUGUGAAACAGUCGGGAUUUCUUCCUGAAAGCAUGUUUGACCGUAUCCUCACAGGGCCUGUUGUACGAGAAGAAGUGAGCAGGAGAGGGAGAAGGCCGAAAAGCGAGAUUGCCAAGGCCACUGCUGUCGCAACAGCAACAAACAUACAGGUCAACCCUUUGCUAGCCAAUGGGCUACUCCCAGGAGUGGAUCUCUCUACUCUCCAGGCCUUACAGCAAAACCUGCAGAAUUUUCAGUCAUUGCAAGUGACGGCGGGUUUAAUGGGAAUGCCUGCUGGUCUGAACACUGCUGGAGAGGCAAAAAACAUGGCGACGGUGUUCCCCAUGCUGCUGUCAGGAGUGCCGGGCUUACCAAAUUUGCUAGGAAUGGGAGGACUCCUCACGAAGUCUUCAGAAUCUGUUUCUGAGGGGAAAAAGGGAAGCGAUUCCAGAGAGCCUGAUGGAAAGAAAGAGAGGACAGAGAGCCCAAAUGCACAUAAUGGUGGGGAAAACUCUGUAUCUGGUUCUCCUUCUACAUCGUCAUCUGCUGUUGCUGCAGCUGCAAGCCCCUUAGCUCUUAACCCCUUACUGUUGUCCAAUAUACUUUAUCCAGGGAUGCUUCUCACUCCAGGCCUUAAUCUUCAUAUCCCAGCUUUGUCCCAGUCAAACAUUUUUGAUGUACAGAACAGUGAAAAUAACGGCACUGGCUUGACUAAGCCUGCGGAAGAAAAGGAAGAAAACUCUAGGGUUCAAGACCAAGACGUCAAAAGGGGAGCAGAGGCUAGUUCUCGCAAUGAAAACAGCACAGAUGAGGGUUCAGAUAAAGCAGAUGCUUCCUCCGGAACAGACAGUACAUCAUCCUCUUCUGAGGAUUCAGAUUCUAGUGAUGAAGACUGACCCCAGACUCUUGCACUUAAAUUAUAAACUGAUUUUGAAUUUAUUCUUUCAUUACGUUGUUGUAAAUAACCUGAUGUUGAGUGAGUGCAUCGAUAAUUUACUGACCGAACAUUUCAGUAUUUGUUUAGAAGUUCAACCUGCUUUCAGAAACGUUUUGCAUGUAAUAUUUCCUGGGGUACAUAACUUUCUCGACUUGUAUGUACUCUCAGAUACACAACGGUGUAAAAGGAAUUACAGCAAAAAGGCAUUAUGGUUUUUGGUUGAGGGGUUAAUUUUUAAGAAAGCUUAGUAAGAGCUGUAUAUUUAAUAUAUUUGCAGUGAACACGAUUCUUUAUGCGCAUUGUUGAUUUAAUCUGAAUAUAAUUUUUACAGCCUCCUUGACACUUAUAAUUUACAGAUCAAAACUCAGCAAUAAUUUGGGCAGCUAAUGAAUGUCAUGAAAGCUGUAGAACCUCCAUCACCAUCCAUUGCUUUAAUUACAUGAGAAUGCUCUAGUGUUGCGAUGCACUGCUGACGUUUCCAAUUCAGGUACAACUGUGUUUAAAAGAAAAAAAGGUUUUCCCAUUCGGCCAAUUAAUUUGGCUACUUGUUACCUCAGCUGAGUUAGUUUAGGAAAGUUUACAUUAGCUUCUCUACUUGUUUUCAUAUUCUGCUUUGCUUUUAAAAGGCGUCCUAUGUAUGCUAACCUGGCAAGGGAAAUUAUCAUUACCAGUUGCACUCUUUACUAGCAAAGGGACAUUUUGAUAGACGUUUAAAAUAAAAUCCCUUUCCUACCUAUCUUCAACACCACGGAUACCUGUUUUGUUUUAAAAUUGCUCCAUCUACAGCCUUCAUGUUGUCGAGGAGCUGUGUCCACAGGUUGAAAUAAUUCAAAGUGCCACUUUCAACACUGCAUACUUCAUGUAUAAGGAUUAAAUCCUCGGGUGAAUGGCUUGUUUGCUCUGUUUGUUUAGGUUCCUAUUUUAUGUUCAUUUCUUCAUGUAGCCUCCUGUAGUUACCAGUUAAUAAUGGUAAGGGGAAAUGCAGACAUGUUUUAAAAACUCUCAUAUUUCUCUACAGGUUUGACUCUUGACUGUAUAGAAAAACGUUACCCAGAAUCAAGGUUUAGGGUAUCGUCAGUUAAGUAUAAUAAUGCUGAGUUGCCCAGGAACUUAAAGCACUUUCAACAAUGAUGUGAGAAAUGCGUACCGCGAAACCAUGAUCAUAACAGAUGCUUAAAAAGCACCUGUUCAAAUACAGAUCCUGAGAACCUUACUACGUAAAAUCAGUCUUAAUGUUUGCUGUGUGAUAGACGAUUCCUUGUUCUGCUUCAAAGCUGCUAUUACUCUGACAUGGUGGAAUCACAGAUCCACGCCGCGCGGCGGAGCUGACUGAGAUUAGGCCCGAGACUGUAUUAAAUCUCGCCUGCAGUCCCUCAAAUGGAUAAAAGUAUUGAAGGUAGUCAACGACAAACCUUUUCAAAAAGGGAAUAGUUUAAUAAAAUCUGUAUUUUGAUAUGGUUCUGUUGCUUGCUUGUACAGUGAACAAGACUGUGUUGUUUUUUUUACCGAGAUCUUUACCAAUUAAAAAAUAAUAAAGUUUGUACAUGCAAAAUAAUUAACCCCCUCGACUAGAAAGCAGUAUUACAUGUAAUUACACAGUUAUGAACAGUAUCAUUUGGAUCGUGCUGGUUAUUGUAUUUAUCCCCCCCCCCUUUCCCUUCCCUUUCAUCCCCAAGAACAGUAGGACUUUGUUUGGCCCCAUCAUCAUACAGCGUCUUUAGCAAUAGUCAAAACAUGCCACAGGGAAAAAGGGGUAGCAAUUCUUCAUCAUGAAAGGAUGUACCGACGCAUUUAACAUUUCGCCCUUUUGUAAUAUAGCACUUUUGUUUCUCUCGUAUGUCUGUGCAUCCAUGAUCUAGCCAAAGUUUUUCCAAACACGGUUGUUGACUUAGUCGAUGGAGUAUUUCAACAAUAUCAUCACUUUGCACCCCCCACAUGCCUCCCCCUCCCCAAAAAAGUAAAGUAAAAUAAAUCCUAAGCAUAAUUUUUAAUAAAUUUAUGAAAAAAUAAAGUAUUUUCCUAAUUAUGGUCAAGUGGAUUUGCUUACUGUUCUAGUGGAUCUUCUUUCUCUGUAAGAAUAAAGGCAAUUUUACAGUGGGUUGGUACGGAUUUUGAAUACGAAGUAAAGGUUUUAUCCGUAUCGGCCGAAACAUGUAGCUCUCAGCAAGGCUGCAUAAAAAGACAAGGAGCCUUCAUUAGAAACGCAUUCGAAAACUGCAAUUUCAGUUGCAAAAGAUAUCCAGAAUGAUGGAGAAGAAGUGUGUGUUUGGUAGUGACUAAAGGACUCUUAGCUGUUAUUGCCUUGUAUUUCUAUCCCUCGUUUCAGGCUUCAUGAUCUAUCUGUCUUAGUCCUGUUUUUAUUUCUUUGCGACGUUCUUUGCAAUAUUUGCCAGUUGUGUUCUGUGUAGUCUGGAAUUUUUUUCUUUUGCUUCCUUGUAGUUGAACGGGCGUCUUAAAAGUCAUUUGUAAUUUAUUGAAUUACUUUCUAUGAUGUUCUAUAGAGCAAAUGGAAGUUUAAUUAUUUUUUAUUAAACAUAUUCUUUGACAA